AAUAAUAUUGUGAAAAUUAUGAUAAUGCCAUUUUAGUGUAAGAGCUGUUUGACAAAACCGGCCAAAAUUUCAGCUUGUUUUGGUGGGAUGGAGUUUUGGCCUACCUGGUGGCAACACCAGGCCGUAAAUUUGUUAACAGACCAAUAAGAGCGUUCCAAACCUCUCUGCCAAUAACAGAUCGUUUUCCUUCUCCGAUCAGACCACUCCCAGACAGUCCUAGCUAAAUUCUUGCUUGGGAAAUUGCUCUUUGCUAAGAAGCUAUUUUUGUUUCUUUUUGACCAAUUUAAAUGAAAACAAUAACAGUAUGGUACUUACUUAAUUGUUACCCGGAAACGAUUUGAUACUGAGAAAAACAACGGACCUUUCUAAGGUGACACAGAGAGGGGUCAGGUAUGCUUUCACACUGUCUGCUUGAAUUCCAUUGUGUGUGUGUGUGUGUGUGUCUAUUACGCAUGAGGACUCCCUGGACACUAGCCCUCUGACAUUUAUACAUUCACACCUCAUUGUUCUGCUGCGUCCUCGUGAGUCAUUGCGAUAUUUGAUUGUUUGAUUACAUUCCACUUCACACAGGUGAGGUAGUCUGACCUAAAUCAAGCUCACUGUUGGUCUUCAGGCGUGCCAUCAUUCACCAUCCAACCUCGUCCUGUUCUCACUUUUUGCUGUCCCUGUUUUAAGGAAAAUGGUUGCCAUUUCAAUGUCAAUAUGUUAGCUCUGUCUGUAUGGGCUACUUUAUCUGUGUGACUCCUGCGAAUGGUGUGGCGAAGAGCAGGUUAAUGUAGAGUAAACCUGAUAUAACACUAUUAGGUGAUAAUCUAGGUCACGAUCAGUCAUUCAUUCUGCUAUGAUGUAAGUGGAUUAGUGACAGACUUAAACUGACAGUUCCUAAAUGCCCGGAGUCAUAUGUGUGACAGUGUUUGUUUGUUGACAGAGAUGCACAUACAGUGCUGAUGAAUGUGUGUGUCAUCUGUGGUGUAUCAUAUCCUGAGGUUAGGUUUAUACAGUUAGUGAACUGUCAUUUUGCUCCCGCUGCCCCCGGGUCAAAAUUCACUCUACUCUACUGUUGUCCUGCUGGCCCUGGUGUCACACACUUUACCCCCCACAUGCAGUACAGUAAUAUCCCUCACCUCAUAACCCACCCCCUAAACAAAUUCCACCCCCACCCUGGUGUGGUCCAGUUAGUUUCGGUGUCAGGUAUUGCCCCCACACACAAUUUACACACAUGCCCCCCCAAUUCCGUCUUCACCAAAACGUGUGUAAAUAUUGGACUAUAAAUUGUGCCUUCCUGUAUAUGGUAAAAUGUUUAUUUUACUGAGCCAUUUACUUUGUUUCUGUUCUUAUGUUUUAUUAUUUGUUAUUGUUGUUGCAUUGUCGAGAAGGAACCUGAAAGUAAGCAUUUGGUUGGAUGGCGUAUACUGUGUGUAUCCCGUACAUAUGAUUAAUAAAAACUUGAAAGUGUGGGUGGAGACACACGCAACGCAUACACACAGUAUGUGCAGUGCUCCCCUUCCCUUUGAUGUGUGGGGUGUUAAUGGAGCCCCUCAUAUUUUAAUUUAUUUAUUCAUUCAUACUCCCUCCCUAGGCAGGGAUUUGAGUCCCUCCUCACCUCCCUCUCUUUUUCAAAAUAACCAAACUGGAAUCCAACCGACUGAAUUGGCCAAAAUUAAACAGCAUGGUCCUGGCUGGUUUGGGCGCCUAAUUGAUACAGAUAUAAUUACCACAAAAGCAAAAGAUUUUUAAUAAAGCACGUCUUCAAAACAGGCAGCGUGAAGGACACCCAAAAUGUCCCUCUCUGGGGGUGGUCCUCAAAAUGUGUGUUUGUUUAAGAGUCUAAUGCAAAACCUUUUGGCAUGUAUCCACUAUCAUUCUCUCUUGAAAUGAGCUAAUACUUACCUGAAGAAUUCUGAAAAUCUUAUUCUGGAUGGUUGACUCUGUGUAAGAACAUCUGCUAAAUGAAUAAAUGUAUGAAAAAUAGCGACACAGGGGCAUGUAGUCAUAUACUUGUCAUGACCGAGACACAGCCUCUGUGCACCAGAAACUCAGAAGAACAGCUGAUACUAAAUUUGCUUAGAUAGGAAAAUACAUUUAGAGAGCUGAUUUUGUAUUAUUAUUUAUCCAGGAAGUCCCAUUGAGGUCAAAAGACCACUUUGACCUGGCCAAGUGGACAGCUCAAUUAAAAAAAACACACAUGUAGAUUACAAUGUGAGUACUAUAUCAAAACUUCAGAUUUUAACCAAUCGAGCCUUACUUCCCUACUUCCCAUCGGUCUUCGAGGGGUCUAAUAAACCACUCGAGGCGAAAGAAACGUCAGGACCUCCUUGGCCAUCUAUCAAAAAGUGGAAGAGGUGAAGGUUAAGAGCCAUGCGUCCUCCGAAACACAAGUCUUACUUCCCAUCAGUCUUUGCGUGUUACCUGUCUAACAGAAUAGAGGGUGUUCUUUAAAGCCAAACUCCGUGUCAGUUUGAAAUCUGCUACAUCAGUUUGUUUAUAUUAAUUAUUUAUGUUACGGUUAAAAAAACAAAUGGAAUGCGUUUGCGUCAGACGUACAUUGCAAGGCAUAUCUGAAUCAUUGUUCUUGCGACAAGACAGCUCCCUGGUACACUGCUGCAACUGUCUUUUAGUAAUGACCUGAUCAAAUGGCAGACAAACGCCUGGCUACCCAAGAUUUACUAUCAACCGAAGAGAAGAAACCCUAACCGAAAACAACAAGAUAUUGGGAGGUCAAGAGUAAAUUAUCGGUGACAGUUUUGAAAGUUACCAGAAGGGAGUAAGAGGUCCAUCCACCCCUGCCAAAGAUGGAACAUUCGAAGUGCAUGCUGUCUAGCACAUUGGAAUUGCGUCAAACUCGACUGUGUUGGCCAGUAUUGAUUGGGUAGAGGACAUCAGAAGAGGAAAUGGAAGAGGAUGUGUCAUCAGUUGAUAGUGGAUCCCAUCGGAAAAGGAUGAGGAAGUGACAUCGGAGGAGGACAGCUCUGACUACAUCCCUCCUUUUUGUGUAAGGUAGGUCUCAAAACAUGCUUUUUUUCCCUUUCUUUUUUUUACAUUGCAGACCUACUUAAAGAUAUAUCCCCAAAUACCUGGCUUUUAAGUACUGUAAAUGUGUCAUAUAUUUGUAUAUGUUUGAUGAGACAACACACAAGGCUAACUGCAGAGCUGGAGGCAUUCCAGAAUCGCAUUCUGAUGUAUGCCAGCAAGAGGUUUGCCUUAACACCACCCAUAUGAGGCCAGGACACGCCUGGCAGCAUUGGACUACAAUCAACAUUGAGAGAGGCCUGCUCUGACGAACAAAGCUGGCAACAAGAUCUACUACAAAAAAUAUAGACAGUGUUUGCGAAGAAGACUCCAAAACCCUACAGUUAAUUCCCUGAACUGCAAGCAGGUGUGGUCAGACAGAGGUUGGCAUCCAACGUAGGAAUGCCAAGGAUCGUCCCUCAUGUAGCCAGUGACCCAAGGAAUCUUAGCCUUCUCCCUGACAUUCCACCACCACAUAUCCAGGAGCUGGUUCAGGCAUGUCAGCCGAGGGCUAAGUAUAUUGCGGAGCGGGGCUGAACGGCAUCAUUACUGACCUUUCUGCACAUUGUUUAGCCAGCCUCACCGGUGGUGAUGGAGUCUGAGGAGCCAGAGCUGAGGGAGUGUGAUGAAGCCUUUGAGUCAGAUGAAGGCAAUGUGGAGUCUUACCUGGAAGAGCCAGAGAGCAGCAGAGAGCUCCUGGAGAGGCUCAAGGAGCUGGAGGCUGAGAAUUCAGCCCUGGCCCUUGCGAAUGAAAGCCAGAGAGAAGCCUAUGAAAGGUGUCUGGAUGAGGUGGCCAACCACGUGGUACAGGCCCUUCUGAAUCAAAAGGACCUGCGGGAGGAGUGUAUUAAGCUGAAGAUGCGUGUGUUUGACCUGGAGAGACAGAACAAAACCCUGACUGAGCUCUUUGCCCAGAAACUACACCCCCAGGCCAGCCAUCUGCAACAGUUGCAGUUGGUGUCUGUCUCAGAGCACAGCACAGAGCCCAGCACAGAGCCCCUGACCAUGGACAAUGACAAGUUGCUGGUGUCCAAAAACCAGGGGGAGCUCGAGAGCAAUGGGGAUCGCACACAGAACGGGUCAGCCGCAUUGGCCCGGGCCCCUGCCACCUCCAUGGAGGCUCUGUCUCCAUUUUUCAAGAAGAAAGCACACAUCCUAGAGGUCCUACGCAAGCUGGAGGAGUCAGACCCACUCAAGUUCCACCCCUCCUCCUGCCUGUCCCCCCACCAUGACCUGGGCCAGGCGCUGGUCUCCAUGGAGAGAGACCAGAUAUCCCUGAUGUCCUCUGAGGCGUUACCUGCCCCACAGCGCCUGGUGGCACACCCAUUGUCACGCUGCCGCCACUCCAGCUCUGACUCGGACUUUCACGAUUAUGCAAAUGGAGAAGGGGCACUCCAGGAGGACCAUGCCCAGCAUCAGCAACAACAACACGGGGGCUGUCAGUCCUGCCACAUACUCUCCCAGAAGAGCAGCCUGGACAGCCUGCUGAAGUGUGCCCAGGGCCACGGUGCCUCACACCAGGCCAGAGUGGAGAUCCUUAACAGGCAUGCCUGUGCAGAGGACCAGGGGGCAUCGGCACAGAGCACAAGCCCUCCCCAGGCAGCGGCUGUUUCCCACCUCCUCUCUGCUGACAGCACAAACCAGUGCUACAUGCACAAAACAGCUUUGGACUUUCUAGAGCGCACUCCAGAAGGUCUGGGUUCUUCUGAUCCUUUCCUCUCCUUGCUAAUCCAAGCCAACCUCAACGGGAUGCUAGGGCAGGAGCCCAGGAAGUUACAAAAACACACAGACAAGCAUCCGUCCGGCAAACCUCCGCCUCGGGCGGAGGUACAGCCCUCUCACGGUGAGGAUAUAAAGCACAUAAAGGCUGUCAUGACAACAUCGCAGAGCCAGAACGAGGACAGUCCGGAAGAGUGCUGCUACCUGGAAGUAGAGGCAGCGGCGCACAAUGUGAACAACAGCCUGCACUCUUCUACCUCACACACAGACCAUGUUGAGACGGAACCAGGAUAUUCCAAGGAGCAGGAAGUGAGUGAUCAGAUCUGCAACGGGCUCUACUUCUCCUCCAAUGAAACGUCUGUCUCCAAGAAGGUGGCGGUGGAAUCUUACUCUCCAGCCCCAGUGCCUGAGAGGAACAGCUCAGCUCAGGCCCUGCCUCCCUCUGGGAAGAGCAAGCUUGCACUCAGCCCCACCUCUCCCUCCUCAGGUCUGAGUGAAGUCAAGUCCUCCCCUAUCUCCUCCCCGUCCCGGCUGCUCAAGUUCCUGAAGAGCCCUCCGGGGAUCAACCAGGCACAACCAGGCAACCCCCUCCGUCUAAGUCCCCAGCUCACCCGCAGCUCCAAGAUCCCCUGCAGGAACAACAACAACUAUGAGGUGUACCACUCUCCCGUCCUGACCCGCAAAGCCACCACCACGGAGCGGGAGAAGCAGCCAUCUUCAUCCUCCUCCAAAACAGACCCCUACCCUGCCACACACUCCGCCCCCACCUCCCCACCCAAAUCAGAGGACAUUGUGGACCCCCCUCCCAUGGCCAAGGAGAUUGCUUUCAGCAGCCACUUUGCGCCCAAACCCAGCGUCAGCACAAAGGCCCCCCCCACCACCUCCUCUCAUGCACAAAGGGGCUCUCAGAAGGUGCCCCAAUACGAGAAUGUCUGCCCCUCAGAUGGGACACCCCAGUUCCUGGAGGGUCUUAAGACGUCCCAGUACCUCCCUUACCCCCAACCCGAGGGUCCUGUAGAGAAGCAGUGUCAGCAAGAUGAGAACAACCUCAGCCCCCCGUCUUCACAACACCCUGACUCGUCCCCAGGGACGGCUGACCAGGACUUCUCUGACCAGGACACUGACUCAGAAAGCCCCGUCUGGCACAAGCCAAACCAACACUUCAGCCUCCCCUCCUCGUCCUCCUCCGCCGCCAGUAAAGCACACAGUAGUCACUCCAGCUACUCCAGCAUGAGGGACAGGCACCAGGAGCACCGUGCAGCUCCGGAGCCCAGCCAACAGAACUGUGAACCUGCCCAGCCAACCCAGUCUUCAGCCAGGCGAGGUGACCCCAAGAGACUGGUGCAGGGCAAUCCCCAGAGUGAGUCCAGUCACCACCCCUUCAAAGAGCGCCUGGCUGCUUUAGGGAAACUGAAGAGCACAGAAGAUCUGCCAGUAGGUGCACAGUCCGUGGACAAGAAGGAUGCACAAAGUAACCUAGGUAAACCACCCACCAACAAUAUUGAGAAAAGCAAGACCGCUGAAAGGCAAGGUGAGAGAACUGGAGCAGAGCAGCACAGAAAUCAGAAAUCUACUGAUUCCCUGGAUGGGAAGCCCUACCCCAAAACCAGCCUCGGCAGUCACACUAGGGUGAUAGGUCCAAUACAUGAAUCGGGCACCAAAUCCUCAGCCACCCCAUCAUUGAUACCCAAGGGAGAGCAGGAGACACCGUUUUCUCCCAGGAUAUAUGUAGCAAAAGCAGAGGGUCCAAAGAUCAAGAUGGGCACAUCAUCCUCCAACACAGAGACUCCUCCAGUGGUGCGGAGCUAUGGCAAAUGCCCCAUCACCCAGAGCCACCACAGUAAAACUUCCCCCAGCCCACAAAACAACCCCACUAAAGUCCUGUCAAAGUCCCCUUCAAAGGUAGGUCAAGCUUCCUCUUAUCCCAGAGGGGUCAAACCCAUUCCUGAGGACCGUGCCCUGGCUCAGAGAAACCCACUUCGGCCGGAGGACAAAACCAAGCUCCCGGCCGGCAAGAAGAAGACCUUUGGCCAUGCAGAGAGCUUCCCGUCUCCUCCUCCUCUGCCACCGCGGCCGUCUACUGAAGCCAUUGCAAAAGAGGACAAAAAGCCAUACUCGUCUGGCCCACCCGUGCUCCAGUCUGCCAUUGAGCAGAAGGUAAUGCGUGGCAUCGAGGAAAACAUGCUGAAGCUGCAGGACCGGGGCCAGGUGGCCGAGCCAAAGCAGAAGGCCUCCAAUGGCAUCGCCAGCUGGUUCGGCCUGAGGAAGAGCAAGCUGCCCGCCCUCAGCCGCAAACCGGAAGUGUCCAAGUUCAAGAUCAACAUGUCCUCAUCUCUUUCGUCAUCGUCUGCCUCUGGCGGAGGGGCUAAGGACCCUAAGACAGGUGGUCCCCAGAAGGUGGUGGAGAGCCUGAACAUCUCCAAGCUGAUGGAGAAGGCAGAGGACCUGCGGAAGGCGCUGGAAGAGGAGCGGGCAUAUGUGAACAGGGUCGGGAUGGACCGCUCUGGCAGAGGCCACUCUUGUGAGGUGGUGAUGGACCAGGCCCAGGGCCAACUGUCACUCAUGUACAGAGGAAUGACCGCAGAGAACUUCAUGCAGCAGCUCCUCAACAGUCCCUCGACGUCUUGUUCUGGAAACAGGGUGGAAGAGAGGGGAGCUAUACCUACCACCUUUGGAAUGACACACAGACGCCUCUCCUUUGACUCUAAGAGGUCGCGGCCCAACUUCAGUCACCAGAGGAACGGGAUCAGCCACACCAAGAGCAGGGACGAGAUGGACCAGGGUUCAGUUAUGAUCGGCAAGGAUGAGGUCACAUCAGAAGAGAGCUUGGCAGAGUCCAUUAGUUCUCAGCACUUUACAGGUUCUGGGGCCUCCAUGCGCACCCUCGACAGUGGCAUCGGCACGUUCCCCAUGCCAGACUACGCCAGUAGCAUGGCAGGGAAGAGCAUCCCUAAGGGGAAGCCACAGGGAGAGCAAGGGUUUUCUUGCUCCCAGGGGAAACAUGGGGCCAUGAUGAAGGUUCCGCGUAAGGCCCAUACACUGGAGAGAGAGCUGUCAUCUCUGGACGAAGUCAACCCGUUUGUCCUGUAUGGCUCAGGGCUGGAGGGAAAAGGUACCAACAUGCACCUAUCCAGUACAAUCCACGAGGACAUAGAUGCCUAUGGAGCUCAUAUGCAAAAUCCCCUCACCAAGAACUGGACCUUUCCCAAUCUGAAAGGCUCUGCGGGAGCCACUGAUGUUUACCUGGAUGUGCAGGGAGACCUGGGGACCCCAUCCAGAAGGAGUUUGAAACAGUGUGCCCCCCAGCGCCCCCUGGCCACUGACCCAGGCAGCCUCCCCCUGCCACUCCAGACAGGGCUCAGCCGGCGGGGUAAGGGGCGGACGCCCAGCACCUCGGAGGUAGGGAAGGACGGAGGGCUGGAGCUGGUGAAGGAGAGACCAGAGGACCUCCUGUCCCUGAGAGAGACGCCUGAAUCCCUCAGUGACUCCCUCUACGACAGCCUGUCCUCCUGUGGCAGCCAGGGCUAGGACCCAGGGACAGAUAGGGGAGCAGAGGGAGAGAUGGACCAACCAACACCCUUUAAACCACGGCUAAUGAUGCACGUCCAUCCCUCCUUGUAAUGGUGGCCCAGCCCAUAAGGCAGACCAAGUUGAAGUACCUCCUUCCCUCUUCCACACAUACCGCUCUCUCUGCUGACCCUGUCUACUUUGCUGAGAUUUGGUUAGUACUGCUGGAAAACUCACCCUCAGGUUGACUGAUGUUCAUGCACACAUCAUUUGUGGAACUAGACUGAGAAUUGGGCACUGUUGUUCUCCAAGCAACAAGCAUCUGACGACAGACCAGCUCAACUCAAAUGUACACACACACACACACCGACGAGACGCAUGGGAAAAUAACACCUCGUUCGAGACAGCCACACGAUCACCAUGGUCUGGAUAAUCUGAAGAAUUGUUGUUAAAUAAUUGAACCGGGCUCCUGAGGUCAGCCCCAAGAAGUGGCUGGUAUCGGGUUUUUCAAGUCUGUCCUGGAUGUGGACAUGUUUCAGUCGUGGAAAACUGGGCAGCCAUUAAUGCCAGAAAACAACCACAUUUUACUGCCCACUAAAUGUGUCGCAAUGUGGGGAUUGACUAUAAUAGACUUCCCUGUUUUCAGUUAUGUUCUUUUUUUAACUGUUGUGCUUUGUUACAUGUUAUAUAUCAUGUAAUUUUAAGUGAAAUAAAAAAAGUGUGGGUAUGAAUGAAAGGAUGUGAGUGAGACUUAAUGCAUGGUCUCCACACUAGCUAUUACCAUGUCAAUGAGCUUCUGACAGGAGAAAACAAGUUCACACUUUCUCUGAAGCUGCCAUAUAGUGUACUGUUUCACAACCUACUGUAACACGUGUGACGUAACAGAUAGUGGCAGAUCAUGACAACAGCCAUUAUAUUACACUUAUUACCAGAGAUUACCUAGUAGUGUAUGUGUUAUGGACAAUGAAAUGCGAAGAAUCUCAACCAAAAGUCAAAUGUUUUACAUGUGUUUGAUCCAUUAUCAGACUGUUUUACGUAGUGAAACAUUUGUCAGGAAUAAUGCCAUUAUAACAGCAUUAUAUAGGCAGCCUGUGACUGCGCCAUUAACAAUGAAGUUCUAAACUGAGCUGCUAUUUAAUACUCAAAAUAGUUUGACAAGCUGAAAGAGUAAAUAAGUAAUACGAUCCAUCCACCUUUUAUAUACUAUAAACUGAGUUGGCAUACAUGAGCAAGGAUUCAAUUCAAGACGCGUUAAAGAACAGCGUACUUUAACAGACUUUUUAAAGGUAAUUUGUGCUUAACCUGACAUGCACAGUCUAUGUGAAUGUCUGGGGACAAUGCCUUUAAAAGGCUGUUUAGUCCACUGCUCUAUAACGCACCCUGCCAAAAAUCUCGUUUGGCACAGGUUCCAUAUUUAUCCUGCCAGAAACGAUUGAACCGAUAACUCUACUUUGUCUAAAACGCUCCACUAAAGCAAAAAGAUGUAGGCCUUCCUUGUGAAGAAGUAAGGAUCCAGCCCCACUGAACAUAGAGUAGUUGCUUACUUCUGCAAUAUGGGCCAAUAUUUGCCUUUAACAGGCACAGACAGACACGCAUUCAAUCAAUUUACGUUGUACAAUUAAAGCAAAAUGUCUGUGCUAUAGGAAUGUUAAAGACAUGGAUCGUUGUUCGAUCACCACUGCAGAUGCUACACCAUGAUGUACACACAAGUGUUUUGGUAGGCUUACAGAUAUUUGUUGCAGGAGGAAGAGUAUUGUUUCUAAACACAUUUAGAAUUCGUAAGAAUCAGAGGUUAUCCUAAUGGAAAAGUGCUGUAUUUAAAUGUAUUUCCUAAAGUGCACUACUCUGGUUAAAAGUAGCGCUAUAUAGGAAAUGUGGUUCCAUUUGGAAUGCACCCCUUGUUUAAACGCCCACUUCAGAACAGCACCAAGAGACACUAAGAAGGACAUGGACUCCUCCCUCCCAGCCCAUGUCCUUGUUUAUGUCCUCAUAAGUAGUUCCAUCCGCUUCAUAACUCCCCACAAACUUCUUCAGGGAUAAGACAGCCUUGUGCUUCCAAACUCUGCGCUUUCAGAAGCAUGUGAUCUUUUCAAACUGACAUGGAUUUGACUUUUCUCGAGUUUACAUUUUUGAAAUGAAAACAAGAGUGUGACAUGAAGCCCAUUCUCUUUUACAAUCAUCUCAUAAUAAAAAUGUUUCCAUGGGACAUAUUUAACACACAAUCAUUUUGUCUUGGAGUACUGUGUUCUACGUUGCAGCCAAACCAUAUACAACUAAAUAAUAACUAACCAACUACAGUACUUCAGAUGGUAGCAUUUUUCAUUCCACCAGAUUCCAUUGGAAGUAACUGGGAGAUCCAUAGUUAGCUACAUGUUAACACCAUGGUAACACACGUCAUCUAUCUGCAGGGAAGCCUUUAUGGACUCACUCUGUCAGUCAAACAUGGGUCUUAGCAACACCAUACACCUUAACUAUGGCAAUGCUGACCAGGAUGGCGAGGCGUUGAGGUGAAAUCUUUACUUAAUAUGUUUGCUUUAUGGACUCAUCAUUUAUCUCACUUCAUUCAAAGAGAUUGUUGCAGCUCUAUCUAUUUGUUGUAUUUAUUUAUUUAUUUUUGAGGGCAAAUCAUAAUCAAUUAACUUUUUGUUAUUGUUGAUGUCGUUGACAUUGUUGUUAUAGACGUUUUUAUUCUGAUACCCAUUAUUUUUGUACUAUACUCUUCUUAUUUAAUUAAAGUUAUUUCCCAUGAGA